AGAAGGCCCGGAGCACUUUGUGAAAUUGGCGGGCGCGGCCCUUCCGGCGCUCACCGUUGGCUCGCCGCUGAUCAGGAGCUUGGCGCCAAUGCUUCAAAGGCAGAUUCAAAAGAGUCUGCCGUUCAUUUCCGAAGCCUCCGGAGACUCUCCAAUGAGCUUCCUUCAAUACCUCUCAAAUUCUGUAGGUGGUGGGGGAGCGGAUGCCAAAAGGCCCACAUACUACAACGGAGACACUGGAGUCCGCCCGAGCGCAAUGAAC